AUGGACUCUCAAGCAUUGAUUUUCCAUCCGAUUCGAAUCUCUUCACCGAUCGUUUUCAUCUCUGGAAAGAGAAAGUCUAUCUGCCUGCGAUUUCACUGCGAUGAUUAUGGUAUUGAACUGAGUCAUUUGAAAUUCUCAAACUACAUUGAAGCUCCGUUGAGAAAAUUAAUGGCAAGAGUUUCUCUUUUCACUGGAAUCUCUCAAAACGUUUCUUUACUUGCUUUAACAUUAGUUGGAGAACGAGAGAAUGGAAAUCUGCACACGAUAUUCUUUUGCUUUUUCAUUGGUUUUACUUAUUUUUAUUGCGUUUCGUUGACAUAUAUUUGUCGAAGUAGCGAUUAUUAUGAAAAAAAUCGUGAAAAGGCUAAACGCGAUCUUAAACAGAAAAUCUCAUUGAUUUUCGUGCUCACUUUACUUUUGCCAAUCGUUUUCGCACUUUUCUUUGUUUAUUUCCUCAAAUGUCUUCGAUUCACAUACGAGCUCUUCUGUUUAUCUGAAUAUCUCACCAUUUGCGUGAUUUUUGCCUUUCAUCUCACCACACUCAAAGAUCUCAACUUUAAUGUAAUAUUGGUGCAUAAAACACAUAAACCAUUAAAGUUUCGUAUA